UCGUCACUUCCGGGAAACGCUCAGCGUCAUUUGCGUCGUCACUUCCUGCUCAUACCGGCGUGUACGGUGUGGGUCGUGGCUGGGCCGGUUCUCCGGUUUUCCCCUUCCCUUACUUUCCUCCCUCCCUCCCUUUCCCUCCCUCGCCGAUUGUCGCUCGUCCGUCGCAGACUCCCUGACCCCUCCCUAACCCCCUCCUGACCUCGGUGCCGCCGGAUUGGCCUCCUUUUUCUGUCUCCCGGCCUAGCCCCAGUGUCAGGGCGGGGGCCUUGAGGAGCCUGAGGCGCUGCCGCUGCAGCUGAGGAGAGACAAGACGACGACGACCCUGGGCUCACCAGCCCGAUCUCUGGUUCGCCGCCGCCAUGGCAAUGAGGCAAACGCCGCUUACCUGCUCCGGCCACACACGGCCCGUCGUUGAUUUGGCCUUCAGUGGCAUCACGCCUUAUGGAUAUUUCUUAAUCAGCGCUUGCAAAGAUGGUAAACCCAUGCUACGCCAGGGAGAUACAGGAGACUGGAUUGGAACAUUUUUGGGUCAUAAAGGUGCGGUUUGGGGUGCAACAUUGAAUAAGGAUGCCACAAAAGCAGCUACAGCAGCUGCAGAUUUCACUGCCAAAGUGUGGGAUGCUGUCUCAGGAGAUGAAUUGAUGACUCUGGCUCAUAAACACAUUGUCAAAACUGUGGAUUUCACGCAGGAUAGUAAUUAUUUGUUAACUGGGGGACAGGAUAAACUGUUACGCAUAUAUGACUUGAACAAACCUGAAGCAGAACCUAAGGAAAUCAGUGGUCACACCUCUGGUAUUAAAAAGGCUCUAUGGUGCAGUGAGGAUAAACAGAUUCUUUCAGCUGAUGAUAAAACUGUUCGCCUCUGGGAUCAUGCUACCAUGACAGAAGUGAAGUCUCUAAAUUUUAAUAUGUCUGUUAGUAGUAUGGAAUAUAUUCCUGAGGGAGAGAUCUUGGUUAUAACUUAUGGACGAUCUAUUGCUUUUCAUAGUGCAGUAAGUUUGGACCCAAUUAAAUCCUUUGAAGCUCCUGCAACCAUCAAUUCUGCAUCUCUUCAUCCUGAGAAAGAGUUUCUUGUUGCAGGUGGUGAAGAUUUUAAACUUUAUAAGUAUGAUUAUAAUAGUGGAGAAGAAUUAGAAUCCUACAAAGGACACUUUGGUCCUAUUCACUGUGUGAGAUUUAGUCCUGAUGGAGAACUCUAUGCUAGUGGUUCUGAAGAUGGAACAUUGAGACUCUGGCAAACUGUGGUAGGAAAAACAUAUGGCCUUUGGAAAUGUGUGCUUCCUGAAGAAGAUAGUGGUGAGCUGGCAAAGCCAAAGAUUGGUUUUCCAGAGACAACAGAAGAGGAGCUAGAAGAAAUUGCUUCAGAGAAUUCAGAUUCCAUCUAUUCUUCAACUCCUGAAGUUAAGGCCUGAGCAUCAAGCAUAUGUGACAGAUAGUAUACAACUUACGGACUAAAACAACAAGCAGAGAAAAGCAUCAGCCUUACAGAGUUACUCUCUGCUUAAGGCAAACGCAGCAGUAAAUAAUGGGAAAUAUGAAUUAGCUCCAGUGCGGGAACGACUAACUUGGUGUGACCCAUGAGUGAAAAUUCAUGAGCAUCAGAUGAAGGCAGGUGGAGUUAUGCUCUUAGAGUACGACAGCCUGUUGUGUUUUUAAUUAAUGAGUAUGUGCAAGCCAACAUCCAAUUUCUCUUAUUACAGUUAGAUUUCAUGUAGCUGUUUAUGUUAUUAUGGAGAAGAAAAAUAUAUUGGCCUAUUUUUCUGACUUCCCUUAAAGCAGGAUGCCUUUUUUUUUUUUUUUUUGCUUUAGUUGUAAAAAAGAGGGAAUACAUGAUAAAGUACUGGUUUGAUUUCUCUUUCAUUGUACACUGCUUCUGAACAUCUAAUUGUUUUUAGUUGUCCAAAUAAAAUGUGUCUAAAACAAAA